GGCUUCCGGUUCCGCCCGCCGCGGCGUCGCUGGCGUUCAGUCAAGUCGGGGCAGUCGCGGAGUGGAGUGGGUUUGGAUAGCAGCUGGCGGAAGGCACAGUCAUGCCCCGCUAUUACGAGGACAAGCCGGAGGGCGGCGCGUGCGCGGGCUUGAAGGAGGACCUCGGCGCGUGCCUGCUGCAGUCGGACUGCGUGCUCCAGGAAGGAAAAUCCCCUCGGCAGUGUCUGAAGGAAGGAAACUGCAAAGCUUUGAAAUACUCAUUUUUUGAGUGUAAAAGAUCAGUGUUGGAUGCCAGAUCAAGAUUCAGGGGAAGAAAAGGAUAUUGAUACUACUAUGUUGAAACCAAGAUGAAAACAACAAAGGAUUUUCUCUGUCAUUAAAACAGAGAAGCCAAAAUAAGAAACAUACUUUUUGUUACAUCUGUUCGGUUGGAGCAGUUUCUUCCUCCAUGGAACACUGAAGAAAAUGGAUGAGUAUGUAUGAAGUAAAUGCUUCUCUUGCUCUAAGUUAUUUUUAGAAGAAAAAUUUAAUUGAAUAGUUAUGAGCUAAGAACAUACUAGAUGUGUUUUAAGAAUUGUUCUGAAGCACAGAGAAUGGAAAGAUUGUUAUUUUCAAACUUGACUUCUCAACCAAAUGACACAGUUUGUACAUCCUUCGUGAAUAUUGUGAAGGCCACUAACAGGACUGUUAAAAUCAACAUGGUGCCUGGUGAGAAAAUGUCUAUCUUGAAAGUUUAGGAUAAAAUUUUCUUUUAUUCAGUCUGUACUAUUUAGUUCUAAAAUAAAUUGUGUUUGAUUCCUUGGAGAAGAAAUGCUUCCCUUGCACUGAAUCACUGAAGUAACAACCUCAAAACAUUAAUAUCACUCAUUAGGCAUAGCUGGAUCCAAAGCCUGGGAUUAUGCUGCCAGGGCUCCUUGCCUCCAUCUCUUGCCUGUUUUUCUCUGUCUCCUGACCUCGUUUUUAGGCUGGCCCUUUCUACAUAAUGGGAAAGAGGCCAUCAAAAGCACACAUCCUUAAGGUCUGUGACCCAAAAAGAAGAGAGAUAACCUCCUUUUCUAGGGUCCACUAAUCAGACCCUACAAAAGGACUCUUCUGUGGAACACCUGCCCCUGAAUUAGACCUGUAGUCCCUGUGGAAAAAGGGAUGGGACCCCAUGAUCUUGGCCAGGCCUGGGUCUUAUGCAGUGUAUUUGGUAACUCAUGUCAGAAUCUCAUUGAAUGAAUGCUGGGCUUUAUCCUAAAAGGAAAGGAGGAUUCAGAGCCAGUAGGUAUUGACUAUAGAAGGCAAGACUGAAAACCAUGAAAUGCUUGUAAAAGUUGAGAAUCAUGUAAUUUUAUUCCAAUCACAUAAUAC